AAAAAAUCAGAUAGAGGAACCCUAAUUCCCGAUCAUGACGCCGAACCAUCUGAGAUCCGUCAUAGCGCAGGUAACUCGCGGAGGGAGUUCCGUGGUGUCUCGCCGCAACUUAUCUACGGGAUCUCGCCGCAAAUUAUCUACAGGAUCUCGCCGCAACUUAUCUUCUUCCCCUAAUGUCGAUGAUGAUUGAGAGUGGAGGUCUUCUCUUCCUUUUCGGCAAUGGCUGCUGAGUGCUGAGACACACUGAAAUCCACAAACCCUAAUAUACCCUCCCAUUUUCUGUUCGAGUUCCACAAAUACUGGAACUGCUUAUACGUUGAGCCGCGAAAGUCUUAGAAUGUGACACAGACUAACGGAUAUCGAUUGCCAAUUGAAGCUUUCCAUGAUUUGACAAUCCCUGAUGCCCGUUUAUGUGAAAGGGUUUCUAAAGUGUGGAGCACCUAAAGUUCCAUCCUUUUGUGACAAAAGAGAAUCCUUCUUCACUAGAACAAGUUGGGGAUUUUGCUGUUUACCUCCUGUCCCUGUGGAUCGUCGUAAUUUCAACCAUAAUCUUAGUUACUCAAGCAAUCCAAUACAAGUUGUGGAGAAAGCUGCUACUAUUAUGGGUGCCAAGGCAGAUGAUCCAGCUUUAACUUCUUCAUAUGAUGAUGCUAUGGAAGCCCUGUCGACUCUUAUCUCUCGUCGUAACCGUGGCGACCGCUCACCUAACAGAGCAAGUCGUGACAAGCUUGAGCAAGUCCUCACAUAUCUCAAGAUUCUGGACCUGGAGGAUAAGAUCAAAGAACUAAAAGUUAUUCAUGUCGCAGGAACCAAAGGAAAGGGUUCAACAUGUGUCUUCUCUGAAGCAAUUUUACGUAAUUGUGGGUUUCGAACCGGAAUGUUUACAUCUCCUCACCUGAUCGAUGUGAGGGAAAGAUUCCGAAUAGAUGGCUUGGAUAUAUCUGAGGAAAAGUUUCUACAGUAUUUCUGGGAAUGUUGGAAGUUACUCAAGGAGGAGGCUGUUGAUGGUCUUACCAUGCCUCCUCUUUUUCAGUUCCUCACAGUAUUGGCAUUCAAGAUUUUUGUUUGUGAAAAGGUUGAUGUUGCUGUCAUUGAAGUUGGACUUGGAGGAAAACUUGACUCCACAAACGUGAUUCAGAAACCUGUUGUCUGCGGCAUUGCUUCUCUUGGGAUGGACCAUAUGGAUAUAUUGGGAAAUACGCUAGCUGAAAUUGCCUUACAUAAGGCUGGGAUUUUCAAGCCUCAAAUCCCCGCCUUCACAGUACCACAACUCUCUGAAGCAAUGGAGGUUCUUGAAGAAACAGCUAAUAACCUUAAGGUUCCUCUGGAAGUAAUAGCGCCUCUUGACCUUAAAAAGUUGGAUGGAGUUGCACUUGGCUUGUCUGGGGAUCAUCAGCUUGUGAAUGCAGGUCUUGCUGUUUCUCUUUCAAGAUGCUGGCUUCAAAGAACUGGGAACUGGGAGAAGCUAUUUCCAAAUGGAAGCAAUGAAACUGAGAUUCCCGUGGCGUUUUAUCGUGGUCUUGCAACGGCACGUCUUCAUGGGAGAGCUCAAGUUGUUCAUGAUGUAGUUUCAGAUCCGCAGGAUUCGCCAGGCUCGAUGAAAACUCCAUGCGGUGAUCUGAUCUUUUACUUGGAUGGAGCUCACAGUCCAGAGAGCAUGGAGGCUUGUGGCCGAUGGUUCUCUUCUGCAGUCAGAGGGAGCAAAAGCUUAUCUACUCCUGUCAAUGGUUACAAGAGACAUGAGGAGUUUGGUAGAGACUUUAACAGAGUCUCCAAACAGAUUCUUCUGUUCAACUGCAUGGAAGUGAGAGACCCUCAAGUUUUACUUCCAAAGCUUGUCACCACUUGCGCUUCCUCAGGCACUCAUUUCUCAAGAGCACUUUUCGUCCCGAGCAUGUCAAGUUACAACAAGGUCAUCUCGGGCGCAUCAGCGAUUCCUUCAGAUACACGUAAAAAGGAUUUAACUUGGCAAUUCAGGCUACAAAAACUCUGGGAGAGAUCAGUUCGAGGAACAGGUAAGCUCAAGUUUUACUUCUUUGUACUUGGUUGAUGUCGCGCCGAACCUUGAUCACUAUCUCCGGUGAGUAAUCAGAUGCUGCGCUUGACCAUACAUUGAAGCACGAUGGAAUAACCGCCUUACCACCUCAUGAUUUCCUGUGUGGAGAUACACCACAAUGUGGUGGACCUGCAGGGACACAUGUCACUUCCAGCGCCGUGAUGCCUUCACUUCCAUUGACUAUCAACUGGCUACGAGACUGCGUACGCCGAAACCCUUCAUUGAAACUAGAGGUUCUGGUCACAGGAUCGCUACAUCUUGUUGGAGAUGUGCUCAGAUUGCUAAAGAAAUGAUAAUUUUUUACCAAAGCUAAAAGAGGCUCCUUAAGAGUAAUCUUACGAAGCUCCAAUUGUUUUGUACUUCAUUUUUCUUCAUGGUUACAAUUUGAUUCUUUGGUCCAUUUAUCUAACAUGAGAACCCUCUAAAAAUAAGCUUUGUAUUCUUCUGUUACACUUUAAAUUUUGAAUUUACAUAUCCUCUCAUGUCUCAUUUAGUUCCAAAUUACAUUUUCUUUUCGGUCAGGUAUGAUAUAUCUAAAUUAUACUAAACGUUGCACUUGGACAAUGAACUGAAUUGUGUAUAUAAACCGGAAAAAAAAGAUUAACAUAAGAACAAGAAAGUGUCAUCCCAAUCUAAACCAUCCCUGAAGGGGAACCGGUUUGUAAACCGAAAUGUCCCAUACUCGAUGACUCGCAUUAAAAGGAACCUUAUCUCGAUGAAACUCUGAAAAAUGAAAGAAGAUCAAAAGACAUAACUUUAUUUGUUCAGUAAAAGAUAAUAUGAGAAGAUCGUCAUCAUUUCUGAUCUUCACCGUUCUAUCUCUUCCAUUAAUCUCAGCCGUAGGAUGGAAGCUAAGCAUACCGACGACGACGACGACGACGACGAGGCCGGUUGGGAGGAGUAGUAAUCUUCGGGUGCGGGAAGGAUCACCGUUCAGGAUCGCAAUCUUUGCAGACCUCCACUUCGGUGAAGACACGUGGACUGAUUGGGGUCCACGUCAGGAUCUAAACUCCGUUAACGUUAUGUCAUCCGUUCUCGACGCUGAAACUCCAGAUUUUGUGGUGUACUUGGGAGAUGUAGUAACCGGAAACAACAUAGCAAUCGAAAACGCAAGCUUGUAUUGGGACAAAGCAAUCUCACCUACAAGAGACAGAAACAUUCCAUGGGCCACUCUCUUUGGUAACCACGACGACGCCUCUUUCGUCUGGCCUUUGGAUUGGUUCUCUUCCUCCGGUAUCCCUCCCAUUCUCUGUCCCGCCAAUAUAUCCAACUCCUACGAUGGUGGAUGCACGUUUAGAGGAACAACGCGAGUCGAAUUGAUCCAACAAGAGAAAAAGGCAUCCAACGCACUCUCAUACUCAGUGCUUGGUCCUAAGGAGCUAUGGCCAAGCGUGUCUAACUACGUUCUUCCCCUCGAAUCAUCUGAUCGUUCGAAACCGGCCGUUGCAUUGCUCUACUUUCUUGACUCGGGCGGUGGUUCUUACCCGGAAGUUAUAUCAAAUGCUCAGGUGGAAUGGUUUAAAGCCAAGUCCAAUACUCUUAAUUCUGAUUUAAGGAUCCCGGAGUUGAUAUUUUGGCACAUACCGAGUAAAGCAUUCAAGAAAGUAGCUCCUAGGCUAUGGAUAACGAAACCUUGCGUCGGAUCAAUCAACAAAGAGAAAGUUGCUUCUCAAGAAGCCGAAAAUGGUAUGAUGAGAGUUCUUGAGAAGAGAUCUUCAGUUAAGGCUGUGUUUGUAGGACACAACCAUGGACUAGACUGGUGCUGUCCGUACAAAGACAGGCUCUGGCUCUGCUUUGCAAGACACACGGGUUAUGGUGGAUAUGGGAACUGGUCAAGAGGAUCAAGGAUUUUAGAGAUUACCGAAAUGCCUUUGCGAGUUAAGUCGUGGAUUAGGAUGGAAGAUGGAUCCGUGCACAGUGAAGUUAAUUUUAACUUGUGAUUAGUCUAUAUUACGUAAUAGCAAUUUCUUUAAUUUUAAAUAUUUGAAUAGUCAACUUUGUGGACGUGACAUUGCCGAGUUGUUGCCAUUAGUAGAGAUUCGAAAAGAGUAAGCAAUACAAAAGAAAAGUUGUAGAUUCGAGUUUUGAAGGCUCUACGUACGUAGUUGAACUUACUGAAAAGACAAAAGGAAAGAGCCCUGACGAUUGUAGUACCAAAACGGACACACGUUAGAGCCAGCCUUGUGACGCAUUUCAUCAGAGAGUAGCAGCAAGAACCUUGACGAAAUCAAAUUUCUUUCGUGUUGUAAACACAUGAUCAACCCACUCAACUUUCCCCCAAAUCUCACCGGGUUUGCGCUUUUCAAGCGCAAUCUCUGCGCACCAAAUCUUCUGUUCACAGUGGUCAAAAGGCGGGUACCACAACACCACCAUGUUUCCACCAUAAUCAGCCAAUUUAGCAUCAUCAUGAGGAG